AUGUCCAAAGACUCCUCACACCAUCCUUCCUCAGAUAUGGAGGCUUUCGCGAAAGUCCUCGCAUCCUCGAAACACAUCAUCGCAGUUGCAGGCGCAGGACUAUCUGCUGCAUCUGGCAUUCCUACUUUCCGAGGUGCUGGAGGCAUGUGGCGCAAAUACGAUGCAAUAAGCAUCGCAACCCCUACGGCCUUCGCCGCGAAUCCCUCAAGAGUCUGGCAAUUCUACCACUAUCGGCGCGAGAAGGCAUUAUCCGCCAACCCGAACGACGCACACACAGUACUCACACUUCUCUCGCUCCCACCCCUACGGCAUCAGCUAGCCCCUAGUUCUACCUUCACACUGAUAACGCAAAACGUUGACGGUCUGAGUGAGCGGGCACUUUCCGACAUCAGCGCCACCUUCGAAGCGUCCGGCAUGGACAUCAAACCCGCCCCUGGCGAACAGCCCCGCCUACUCGAGAUGCACGGUAAACUGUUCGAGCUCACCUGCACUUCCGCACAUUGUCGGCACUCUGAGCUCAACUUCGAGUCUCCUGUGGCUAAAGCGCUUCAGGGAACGGAGGACCUAGUUGAGGCGGGAGAGAUGGAGCCUGAUAUUCCGGUCGAGGAUCUUCCGCGGUGUAAGAAAUGCGGGUCCCUGGCGCGUCCUGGGGUCGUAUGGUUUGAAGAAAUACCUAAGCAUCUGGAGACUAUUGAUAAGCUCGUUGGAGAGGCCGAUCUCUGUCUCGUCAUAGGCACUUCCUCGACUGUGUAUCCAGCUGCAGCCUACGCUGAAGAAGUCCAGAGCCACGGUGGACGCGUGGCCGUGUUCAAUCUCGAACGUAGUCAGGGUGAUGAGGCCGCGGAUUUUCUCUUCCUGGGGCCAUGCGAGAAGACGCUUGCGAAAGCUUUUCCUUUCAAGAUUGACUGUUUAUGAGAUGUAUCUCGCGAAGACUGCAUAAUUCGCUGUAUGAGUAGUAGGAGUUGCUGGUCGUGGCGAUCAUAUCUAGCAGAUUGGAAUAGCGGUGGUAUUGCAAAAUAGCAUAGAGCCCCGAAAGAAAGCGCAGGAUGACUGGUUCGAAUCAAUGCUUCCCUCCCUCACCCUCACCCUCACCCUCAGCUAUCUCACGCUCCUGCCUCAACCGCUCCUGCACCUCCGCCCACCUCUCCUGCAAAAUUUCCAACCCCGGCUUCCUCACCGCCUCCGUCCCAUACAGCGCCUGAAAGACCUGUUCUAUCCUCCUAUUCUUUUCAUCCUUCACCUUCAACGGCCUCUCGCCCUCCGGUCUGCCAAACUUCGGCGCCAGCUUCUGUUUCUUGACCUGGUUGAGAAGGUCGAAGAACGACAUGUCCUUCUGGCGCGUUGCAGUAUGCUGUGAGGGCCCCCAGAUGAACGCUUCGUCGAUUGCGUCGGAGAGGUUUUCGUGUGUGAUGAAGGAGUCGGAGCGGUGGUAGAGGGCGAUGAGGGCGCGGAGGCGUUCGUCGCUCAGGGCGAAUUCGGGUGCAUUGGGAGUCGAAGCGGAUGUGGAUGGGGAGGACGACGAAGGCGUUGAGGAUGAGGAUGACGCUUCGGAAGAGACAUAGCGUCGGAGGGUGGACGUUCGACGGAGGAGGCUACGGGACGCGGCUUUGGAGAAGGACAUGGUUGGUGUUCGCCGUUGAGGUCGUUUCUUCGCGCGACUUGAAAUUAGCGCGACUGCUGUCUUCGGCGCUUGUGGCGAUGUGGCACUCAUCGUUGUGGGCCACACUUACAACACAGCGUGCAACUCUUCUCAUGCAAUUUAUCUCAUGCUCCAGCACCAAUCC